AUGGAAGAUCUUGACGAAAUUCAAAAGCUCGAAUACCUUUCAAUGGUAUCAAAAAUUACCAGUGAAAUAUUUAAUCAUACUGCUGAAUUUAUAAUUAAUUUACACGAACAAAAUCAAAUUCUACCAAAAUUUCAAAAGGCUUUGAAAGAUGCAGAUGCAGAUUUCCAAGAAUCUUUUAUUACCACUCUGGAUCGUUUGAUCCGAAAAAUGAAUCCAAAAUAUAAAUCUAAGGAAAAAGAAAAGGGAAAAGUAUUAAAUGAUGUAGAAAAUAAAAGCCCAGAUAAUAAAAAAAUGGUUAUAAAUGAAUCAAAAAAAACCCCCCCUAUAAUUGAUAAAAUAACGACAGCCGAUGAUCAUGAUAAAAUAAUACAUGAUGAAAAAAGAAAAAAGUGGGUUGAUAAUAAUAAUGAUGAUGACAUAGAAAGAGUAGUAGAUAAUAUCAAAAAAAGACGCCAUAUAGAAAAAGAUUAUGAUAGUUAUGAUAGUUAUGAUAGAAGCAGUUAUGAUGAUUACAAGAGACGUUAUAGGGGAAGAGAUGAUGAUUAUGAUGAUGACAGAAUGCAUGAUAAUAGAAGGCGAAGUGAAAGAGAAAAAAAUGAUGACUAUAAAAGAAGUUACGACAGAGAAAAAAAUGAUGAUUAUAAAAGAAGAAGUUAUGACAGAGAAAAAAAUGGUGACUAUAAAAGAAGUUAUGAUAGAGAAAAAAAUAGUGACUACAAAAGGAAUUAUGACGGAGGAAAAAAUAGCAAUAAAUCAUAUGUCAAAGAAUUAGACGAAAAACCAGUACUUUAUAAAAUAUAUAAUGGUAAAGUGACAAAUAUCAAAGAUUUUGGCGCUUUUAUAGGGUUGGAGGGCGUUAAAGGAAGAGUUGAAGGCAUGGUUCAUGUGUCUAUGCUAGUAGCAGGUAGAAGGGUUUCUCAUCCCACCGAAGUUGUAUCACGAAACCAACAAGUGAAAGUGAAAGUGAUGUCUGUGGCUGCUUCAAGAAUUAGUUUGUCCAUGAAAGAUGUGGACCAAAUUACUGGUCAAGAUUUGACUCCACAUUUACGUAUAAAAACCGAAGAGGAACUUGCCGAAGAGUCUUUACAUAACGCUGAAUCUUUUUCAUUUGGAAAAGUUCCUAUUGUUGAUGAUAAUGAGGGAUCAAGCAAAUUGAAGCGUCUUACAUCUCCUGAACUUUGGGAAUUAAAGCAACUUAUUUCAUCUGGUGUCCUGAAUGCAUCAGAAUUACCAAAUUAUGAUGAAGAAAAUGAAGGUAUCUUUGAGAAUAUGGAAACUGAAGAAGAACUUGAUAUUGAAAUUCGAGAAGAAGAGCCACCAUUCUUAAGAGGUCAAGCUAAAAAUUUGUUGCAACUAAGUCCUAUAAAGGUUGUUAAGGCACCUGAUGGUACAUUAAAUCGUGCCGCUCUUGCAGGUACAAGUCUUGCUAAAGAGCGUAAAGAAUUACGUCAACAACAAACAAAUGCAGAAUUGGAUUCGGUUCCAAAAGACAUCAAUCUUCCUUGGUUAGACCCUAUGCCUGAACCAGGUGAACGUCAUUUUGCACAAGAUUUAAGAGGUAUUGCAGCUGGUAGAAAAGCUGGCGAAGUUCCAGAGUGGAAAAAAGAAACAUUUAAUAAGGCUACAAGUUUUGGCAAGGUGACAUCUUUGAGUAUUCAGGAGCAAAGGAAAAGUUUGCCAAUAUAUCAAAUGCGUUCGUUGUUAAUCAAAGCAAUAAGAGAAAAUCAACAAUUGAUUAUUGUAGGUGAUACAGGGUCAGGAAAAACUACACAAAUGACCCAAUACCUCGCAGAAGAGGGUUUCGCUGAAACUGGUAAAAUUGGAUGUACUCAACCUCGUCGUGUUGCUGCAAUGUCUGUUGCAAAACGUGUGGCUGAAGAAGUUGGUUGUCGUUUAGCGACUUUGAAAACAAGGCCAGAGCUUAGGGUAAUAGUAACAUCAGCCACUCUUAACGCAGAAAAGUUUUCGAAAUAUUUCUAUGAUUGUCCCAUUUUCAGUAUUCCUGGUCGUAUGUUUCCCGUUGAAAUACUUUAUACAAAAGAACCUGAAUCAGAUUAUUUGGAUGCUUCUUUGAUUACAGUGAUGCAAAUACAUCUUUCUGAACCACCAGGUGAUAUUCUGCUUUUUUUAACUGGUCAGGAAGAAAUCGAUACAGCUUGCGAAAUAUUAUAUGAACGUAUGAAAGAACUUGGACCACAAGUCCCUGAUUUAGUUAUUUUGCCAGUAUAUUCUGCUUUACCGAGUGAAAUGCAAUCACGUAUUUUUGAACCUGCACCACCUGGCAGUAGAAAAGUUGUAAUUGCUACUAAUAUUGCAGAGACUUCACUGACAAUUGAUGGUAUAUACUAUGUUAUUGAUCCUGGUUUUGUAAAACAAAACGCAUAUGAUCCAAAGAUAGGAAUGGAUUCUUUAGUUGUUACACCUAUAUCACAAGCUCAAGCACGUCAACGUUCUGGCCGUGCAGGGCGUACAGGGCCUGGAAAAUGCUAUCGUCUUUACACUGAAGCUGCAUAUCGUAAUGAAAUGCUUCCAAAUCCAAUACCUGAGAUUCAGCGCACUAACCUUGCAAAUACAGUAUUGACACUGAAGGCUAUGGGUAUCAAUGAUUUAAUAAAUUUUGAUUUUAUGGAUCCACCACCUUCUCAAACACUUUUCACAGCAUUAGAACAAUUAUAUGCACUUUCUGCACUGGAUGAUGAGGGACUUUUGACAAGAUUAGGACGUAAAAUGGCAGAGUUUCCAUUGGAGCCGCCACUUUCUAAAAUGUUGAUUUUAUCUGUUGAUUUAGGAUGCUCAGAAGAAGUCCUUACUAUUGUUGCAAUGCUUUCCGUACAAAAUGUUUUUUAUAGGCCAAAAGAUAAACAAGCACUCGCUGAUCAGAAAAAAGCAAAAUUCCAUCAACCCGAGGGCGAUCACCUUACAUUACUUACUGUUUAUAAUGCAUGGAAAGCAAAUAAAUUUUCCAAUCCAUGGUGUUUUGAGAAUUUUAUUCAAGGGCGUAGUAUGAAGAGGUGUCAAGAUAUUCGUAAACAAUUAUUAGGUAUCAUGGAUCGGUAUAAACAAGACAUUAUUUCGUGUGGUAAAAAUUAUAAUAAAGUUCGUAGAGCGAUCUGUGGCGGAUUUUUUAGGCAUGCAGCUAAAAAAGAUCCACAAGAGGGUUACAAGACUUUAGUAGAGGGCACUCCAGUAUAUAUCCAUCCUUCAAGUUCAUUAUUUAAUAAAGGACCAGAAUGGGUAAUUUAUCAUGAACUUGUAUUUACGACUAAAGAAUACAUGAGAGAAGUUACAGCAAUUGAACCAAAAUGGCUUACUGAAGCUGCACCAACUUUCUUUAAAGUGGCCGAUGCUAAUACUAUUAGUAAGAGAAAGAGAAGUGAAAAGAUUCAACCAUUAUAUAAUAAAUUCGAAAAACCAAAUGAAUGGCGUUUAAGUCGCGUAAAAAGACAUCAAAGGGUUUCACAAACCUUUGAAGAUCAACUUAAAAGAUAUGAAGUUUAUAGAAGAUCUGCUUUAAGUCAACCUUGUUCUCAUAAUAUGGGAAUUGUUGUUGCAGGUUUUACCAAAGUAUUUGUUGGAGAAAUUGUCGAGAAAGCAUUAGAUGUAAAAAACGAAAAGGGUGAAGUUGGAGCAUUAACGCCAGUACACUUAAGAGAAGCAUUCAGAAGAUAUAAGAAUGACACUGGGUUUGAAAGUCAUCUUUACCAAAAAAGAUUAUUCAAUAAAUAA